GUGUUUUCCUUUGUUGAAUUGCUAACGUACAAUAUUAAGAUUGCUGAUAUUAGUACUUGGAGCUAUAAACCGGCAUACCGUGUUGUGGCGUCGUCUCGACCAAAACGGUCGGCGCUGGCCAAUUGGCAUGCACAUUACUCCACUUAAAUAGGAUUAACCAGUACGAACUGACUGCUCGUUUGACGGCCGAAAAGGGCUUCCGGCUAGUAUCAUUGGCAAGGCAUCCUCGGCCAAACCUUGACGCAGCAGCAUGGCGCACCUCCCUUAUGCCCAGUCCACCAUGCCGCCAAGCCUAAGCUCCCAUGUCGACAGCAGGCGGCUCGCGGGCUUCACCUACGCCGGUCCUCACCUAGCCGCCGGUGUUUCAGCAGCCCCCUGCAGCCGCCGCUGCCCCUGCCAGCUGCCAAGCCACGGCUCUCAUCCUCUCGCUCGCACGCCUACGACUCCCCGCUUGCUGCCUGCUCCCGCGGCGCAACGAGGGAAGCCGGCUGCCGACCCGCUUGGACCUCCACCCAGCAGCAGCAGUGCUGGCAGCGCUGGCAGCAGCAGCUCGGCCUCCGGGCAGCAGCAGCAGCAGCAGCCCCAAGAACCGCAGGCACCACGUCAGCGACGGCAAUUCGGCCCCGAGCCGCCACCCACCCUACCCUCGCCUUCUGCUGCCGGUACGGCCGCCGCCGCCCCGUCAGCAGCAGCGCCCAAGCGGCGCGGCCGCCCUCCCAAGCAACCCAGCACUUCUACCAUGCCAAGCAGCGAGCAGCCAGCACCCUCCUCCGCUACCUCACCCUCCUCAUCAUCAGCGCGCACCCCCACCGCCGCCUCCUCAUCCUCCAGCCGACGCCAACCCUUCGGUCCCGAACCCCCUCCUCCCUCCUCCCCCGACUCCUCCUUCCCCUCCCUGCCCGAGGACCCCAACCAGCUGGACAUGGAGGACAUCCUCAACCUGCCGCUGCCUGACCCACGGGUCGGCCAGUCCUUCCGCCUGGGCGGCGACCUGGGCGACCUGGGACUGGGCUCCCUGGGUUCCGGAUCCGGGGAAGGCGAUGGUGAGGAUGCUGACAGCGUGGAGGGGCUCCUAGCGGGUGCGGAGGGGGAGGUGAACGAGGAUGCGGAUCUGGACUAUGACCAGCUGAUAGCGCUGGCGGGCCGGGUGAAUGCGGCGAGGUACGUGGAGCGGGUGUUUGAGCGGGCGCGGCGGGGCGAGGAGCCCAUCCAGCGGCCUUUGGAGGAGGAGGAGGAGGAGCAGGAAGAGGAGGGGAAGGAAGGGGAGAAGCAGCAGCAGGGUAGCUCGGAGGAGGUAACAGCGGCGCAGGCGGCCGGGGUGGAGGUGUCCGGCAGGGGUCGCAGUGAUGACCAGGGCAGCCGCGCUGCCAGUGCCGCCACCCCCCCAACCACCCCUCGGAGGCCAUGUACGUGGACGAACUGGAAGCCCUGGACGACGACGAGGAGGAGGAGGAGGAGAAGCAAGCCGACGAGGAUCCCACCUCCUCCUCCGCCUCCGCCUCCUCCUCCUCCGCCUCCUCCGCCCCGCCUCCUCCCAGCCCCGAGCUCGACGAGGCCGGCAUGCACCGCCGCAUGCAGCUCAUCGUGGGGCUGCUGGAGGCCCCCUCCGCCGCCGACCUGCAGGCGCGCCUGGAGGCGGCCGCCGCGGAGGCCGACCCGCCGCUGCUGGCCCUGCUGCAGCAGCGCUACGCCACCGCCCUCGCGCUGCGGCAGGACGCCGCCACCCUGGAGCGGCUGGAGAGCUGCUUCCGGACGCUCAAGUACGCCUACCAGCGCCGUACGUCUAGCCCUGCGGAGCGGCUGCUGGAUGACGUGUUGGGCAUCCUGGGGGAUACCGCACUGCAGCCGGACCCGCAGCGGAGGCGGCAGGACGCGGCGGCGAGGAUGCGGUCGGCGUUUAGCGGCGGUGGGCGGGAGGGCGUGAUGGAUUUGUUUGCCGCGGCGGAGGCGUUGGCGGGGGAGCAGCGGCAGGCGGCGGUGGAGGCGCUUGCGGGGGAGGGGGUGGGGCUGGAGGCGUUUAAGGCGGA